UAAAAAGAAUCUCUUAUCUUCUUGUUCCCUUCUUCCAUUCCUCUUUAUCUAUUCCAACCUCGAUUUCCUAUUUCGUUCAGUUUUUUCUUUUUUUGGUCGGAAACUCUUCACUACGAUCUUAUCCACCAUGAUCCAUGAUUAAUUUAAUCUAAUUUAAUUAUAUUUGUUUCUGUGGUUUCUGUUCUCGUCGGAUUGAAGAAAAUCGCGAGCGGUGAUCGAUCGCGAUUGUGUUGUGUAGUGUUGUCCUAAGGGACCUGCAUAUCUUCUAUUCCAGGACCAGUUGAAUAGGUUUGGAGAAUGAAUUCUGUGCAAGGACCAGUUGUGUGCCCUUCAAUCCGUGCCAAGCAGGUAGCCGUCUGCAGCAUUCCGAUGAUCGGAGCGGUGAAAAUGAACGAUAGACGCAUUAGAAGUGAAUUUUGGGGUCUCAGUGGCGUUAAGGCUAAACCUGGUUUUCUUUCUUGCCGUAUAAACACGGCAAAGUGCAAGACUGUGCAUUGUAGUUUUAACUCACCUUCGAAUGACAGUGGAAGUACCGCCGGUAAUUUCAAUGAAAAUGAUGAAGACUACGUCACCUCCAGUGUGAUUGAAGCUGUUGAGGUGAAGAGUGGAUCAGAUGGUUUCAUAAUCAAAAUGAGGGAUGGUAGACAUUUAAGAUGCGUCCAUAACAAUCCUCAGGGAGGACAUCUUCCAGAUUAUGCACCACAUCCUGCUAUUGUACUGAAGAUGGAAGAUGGGACGGGCCUACUUCUCCCCAUAAUUGUUUUGGAGAUGCCCAGCGUCUUGCUAAUGGCAGCCAUACGCAAUGUUCCCAUAGCUAGACCUACUUUAUAUCAAGUAGUAAAGGAGAUGAUUGACAAGAUGGGUUAUGAGGUUAAACUUGUCAGAGUUACCAGGAGAGUUCAUGAGGCAUACUUUGCCCAGUUAUAUCUUACUAAGGUUGGAAAUCCUGCAGAAUGUGUAAGCUUUGAUCUAAGGCCUUCAGACGCUAUCAAUAUUGCAGUAAGAUGCAAGGUUCCAAUACAAGUCAACAAGUACCUGGCAUACAGUGAUGGUAUGAGAGUAGUUGAAUCGGGCAAAUUGUCAACACAGCUUCCUGGUAUGGAUGGCCGAUUAUUCACUGAAAUGGACAGGCCAAGUGGUCAACCUUGUGUUGAGACAACCGAGUUCAAUCUUUUAAACAACAUGUUGAAAGCUGUUGUUGAAGAGCGCUAUAAAGAUGCUGCUUUGUUCAGGGACAAACUUAAUCAACUUAGGGCGGGGAAAAACACGAAUAACAGGUUCUGAAUGCUUUAAUUGUAAAUACAAUCUUAUAUUAGAAUGGCGAUGGGGUUCUGGUACAGCUGAGAGCUGAUUGCGGUCAUGUCUCUCCCUUCCUCGGUCUAUAAAUGCUUACAUUUUCUGUGAAUAAUUUGUAAAUAUUCCUAAACAUUAUAAUGUUAAUGCAAUCACGUGCAACUUUUCACUACUUUUCAGAGACUUGUUUCAAUCCUCAAAAGAUGUUAAUAUGUAAUGUGGUUUUUUAUCAGUAUGUGACUGAUUGAUGUGUUUCGCCGUGUUAUUAAAAUACUUGGGUUGGUUA